GUCAGCUAUGUGCGGGCAGGAGUUCCUCGAGGUCCUCAGCGACGUCGUGGAAUCCUGGCUCCCAGCACGCGCCUGCGUGGAGGCGGCGAUGGCGGUCCGGGAGGAGGUGCACAGCUCCGGGCAGGUUCUGAGACUGAGCUCCGGAAAGCUGCCUUGGAGGGGCCACAUCUUCGACAUCGAGCGAGAGCUAGGCAUUGAGGGCCACAUCAAGUUCAUUGUGUAUCCUGAAGAGCCUGGGCUGCGAUGGAGGUUCAGAUGGGGAGGACCUUUUCCGAGUACGCGCAGUUCCCGUGGAAGGUCGCUUCUUUACAAAUCGCCUCUCCCUGCCUGA